CUCCUGCCGCCAGGGGGGCGGGGGGCUCUGCCCGGCCGUGCCCAUGUUAGGUGCGCGGGGCUCUCCCCGGCGCGGCCCGGCCGGCGGCUUUGCAGCCUCAUGGUGUUUCUCUCCUCUCUCUCUCCCCUCCUCACUCUCUCUCUUGAAGCCAGUCGGAUGCACGGUCUCUGCAGGCCCGCUCAGCUGGCCCGAGUCUUUCCCGUGGGGGGAUAGCGAGGAGAGCCUUAUGCAGAACCACGUGAAAUGAACAAAGCUCCACAGCCCACAGGAGGAGCCCCGACAGCCCCGCACCCUGCCCCUUCUCCCGGACUUCCGCAGUCGACGUUCCCCACUGGCCAGACGGCACCCGUGGUUUUUAACCCCUCGCCCGCCUCACAAAUGAAUACGCCUUCCCAGCCUCGACAGGGAGGAUUCAGGUCUCUUCAGCAUUUCUACCAGAGCAGGGCACAGCCUCCCACCAGCGCUUCCCGUGUGCAGAGCAGUGCGCCGGCCCGGCCCGGCCCGCCCACCCAUGUCUAUCCUGCUGCUUCCCAGGUGAUGAUGAUUCCCUCCCAGAUCUCCUACACUGCCUCACAAGGAGCCUACUACAUCCCCGGACAGGGUCGCUCCACGUAUGUUGUUCCCACUCAGCAGUACCCAGUCCAGCCAGGUGCCCCCGGCUUUUACCCCGGCGCCAGCCCCACGGAGUUCGGCACCUACGCUGGUGCCUACUACCCAGCCCAGGGGGUGCAGCAGUUCCCCCCGGGCGUCCCCACGGCCCAGGUCAUGAUGAACCAGCAGCCGCCCAUCCCACCCAAGCGAGAGCGCAAGACGAUCCGAAUACGAGAUCCUAACCAGGGCGGCAAAGACAUCACUGAGGAGAUCAUGUCUGGAGCCCGGACAUCUUCCACCCCCACUCCCCCACAGACUGGAGGUAGUUUGGAGCCACAGGCCAAUGGAGAGACGCCCCAUAUUGCGGUUAUUGUCCGGCCAGAUGACCGCCCCAAGCCCGCCCUGGUGGUGAGCAAGCCCCUCCCCUUGGAGCCCACCAAGUCAGCGUCACCGUCACCCCCACCCCCCCUUAUCCCCGAGGUGGAGUCCGUGCUGCUGGCUGCUGUCACCCUGGUGCCCGUGGAAGCCUCCGUGGAUGUAGACACUAAAGUGGAGCUGGAAGCUGCUCCGGCAGAUGUACACGAACCUUUUAGCGCCAUCACUACAGUGCUGGGGGCCCUGGAGCCGCCCAUGGAUACCACCAAUGUGGACCUUGUGGCUGAAGAGGAGGAGGCCCCUGCCAUUCCUGUUCUGGAGCCCCCAGUCCAGCCAAUGCUGGUAGAACCGCUACCUGUGGUGGUGCCUGUGGCAGUGGCGGUGCCCGUGCCCCUGCCCAUGCCAGUGCCGGUGCCGGUGCCUCCCCCAGUGGUGGAGCUGCCCAUCCAGCCUGCCACAUCCCCCAGUCCCUCCCCGCCGCCCCAGGAGGAGGUCAUCUGUGAGGACCUUGCGGAGUCCAAUGGAGUCCUGGAGGAGCCACGUGAGCCCACGCCAGAGCUGCCAGCCUGCCAGCUAGAGCCUGUCUUGGAGUCACCCAUUGCCCAGCCUGAGGAGCUGGUGGUGCCUAAUGGGCUGGAAGUGUCGGGCAAGCCUGAGGCUGAGGAGCCAGAGGAGCCGCCUGAGUCAGACGUCAGCCCCAUCUCGGAGCCUGAGGAGGCCAAGAUAGAGGAGGAGCCUGCCAGCCCACCUGUGCCACCCUCGCCACCCUCACCACCUUCACCACCCCCUGAGGAGGAGGAGGAGGAGCAGGAGCCUGAGGAGGAGGAGGAGACUGAGGAGCCAGCCGAGGAGCCUGUUGAGGUGCUUGAGCUGCCGCCCCCAGCAGCCACAGAGCCACUUCAGAGCACAGAGGCAGCUGCAUCAGUGGCUGUGUCGGUACCAAAGAAGAAGCGGCGCAUGAAGGAGCUGAACAAGAAGGAGGCUGUUGGCGACCUGCUGGAUGCCUUCAAAGAGUCCCAGAUCAUUGACAGCGCCUCGGAGGCAGAGAACAAACCCCCUGCCUUAGCUCCUGCCACGGAGCCUGAGGAGCCUGUGCCAGCCCGGCCCCAGGAGGAGGCCGAGGAGACGUGGGAGGAGAAGGAGGACAAGGUGGAUCCUGAGAAAGGCAAGUCUGCGGACCAGAAGUACGGCUACAAGGAAGAGCAAUGGAAGCCCCUGAACCCCGAGGAGAAGAAGCGCUAUGACCGGGAGUUCCUGCUGGGCUUCCAGUUCAUCUUUGCCAGCAUGCAGAAACCUGAGGGGCUGCCUCAAAUCAGUGAUGUGGUGCUAGACAAGGCCAACAAGACGCCACUACGCGCUCUGGACCCCAUCCGCCUGAGCAACAUGAACUGUGGCCCCGACUUCACCCCCUCUUUUGCCAACCUGGGCCGGCCCACCAUGGGCAGCCGCGGCGGGCCACCGGCAGGGUUGGGCCCCCGGCGUUCCCAGCAGAGCCAGCGGAAGGAGCCACGCAAGAUCAUUGCCACUGUGUCCCUCAAUGAGGAUAUCAAGCUCAACAAGGCCGAGAAGGCCUGGAAGCCCAGCAGCAAGCGUGCCUCUGAGGAAGAGGACCCUGAGAACAUCAAGACACAGGACCUGUUUCGCCGUGUGCGCAGCAUCCUGAACAAGCUGACACCGCAGAUGUUCCAGCAGCUGAUGAAGCAGGUGAUGGAGCUAUCCAUCAACACGGAAGAGAGGCUCAAGGGCGUCAUCGACCUCAUCUUCGAGAAGGCCAUCUCUGAGCCCAACUUCUCUGUCGCCUAUGCCAACAUGUGCCGCUGCCUCAUGGGGCUCAAAGUGCCCACAACCGACAAACCGGCGGUGACCGUGAACUUCCGCAAGCUGCUGCUCAACCGGUGCCAGAAGGAGUUUGAGAAGGACAAGGAUGAUGACGAGAUCUUUGAGAAGAAGCAGAAGGAGAUGGAUGAAACCAUUGCUCCAGAGGAGAAGACCCGCCUGAAGGAUGAGCUAGAAGAUGCACGGGACAAGGCACGGCGGCGCUCUCUAGGCAAUAUCAAGUUUAUUGGGGAGCUGUUCAAGCUGAAGAUGUUGACAGAGGCCAUCAUGCACGACUGUGUCGUCAAACUGCUCAAAAACCAUGAUGAAGAGUCACUGGAGUGCCUCUGCCGCCUCCUCACCACCAUUGGCAAGGACCUCGACUUUGAGAAGGCCAAGCCCCGCAUGGAUCAGUACUUCAACCAGAUGGACAAGAUCAUUAAGGAGAAGAAGACGUCUUCUCGCAUCCGCUUCAUGCUGCAGGAUGUCAUUGACCUACGGCGGAAUAGCUGGGUGCCGCGGAGGGGGGACCAAGGCCCCAAGACCAUCGACCAGAUCCACAAGGAGGCUGAGCUGGAGGAGCACCGGGAGCAAAUCAAAGUGCAGCAGCUCAUGUCGAAGCAGGACAAACGGAGAGGGCCCCCUGGCCCGUCUUCUAGCAGUGGUCGUGGGAACUUGGUGGCAGAUGACGGCUGGAACACCGUCCCCAUCAGCAAGGGCAACCGGCCCAUCGACACCAGCCGGCUAACCAAGAUCACCAAGCCUGGCUCUAUCGAUUCCAACAACCAGCUCUUUGCGCCCGGUGGGCGGCUGAGCUGGGGCAAGGGCAGCAGUGGCGGCUCUGGGGCCAAGCCUGCUGACUCAGGCUCUGAUGCCAGCCGGUCGGGCACAAGCACCCUGAACCGCUUCUCAGCCCUGCAGCAGUCAACCCCAGCAGACAGCCUGGACUCGCGGCGUGUGGUGCAGAGAAGCAGCUCAAGCCGGGACCGGUCCGAGAAGGCUGGCGAGCGCAGUGACCGCCUAGACCGGGAGCGCAGUGACCGGGGUGAUCGUCUGGACCGCGCCGACCGGGGUGACCGGGCCCGGCCUGCCCUCACCAAACGCAGCUACAGCAAGGAGACAGAGGACCGGAGCCGUGAACGGGAUAAGACGGGUGCCCUUGAGGCCGUGCGCAAGGUGGCUAGCAUGACGGAGGAGCGGGACCGGAGCCGUGAGCCCUUGAAGCGGGAGCUAGCACCCCCUGCCGCCCCUCCCAAGCCAGCUCUGUCAGAAGAUGAGCUGGAGAAGAAGUCCAAGGCCAUCAUCGAGGAGUACCUGCACAUCAAUGACAUGAAGGAGGCGCUGCAGUGCGUGCAGGAGCUGGGCAGCCCUACGCUGCUACAUGUCUUUGUGCGCAACGGCAUCGAGUCCACGCUGGAGCGGAGCACCAUUGCCCGGGAGCACAUGGGGCUGUUGCUCUACCAGAUGGUCAAGGCUGGCUCUCUCACCAAGGAGCAGUACUACAAUGGGCUGCGGGAAAUCCUGGAAGUCGCUGAGGACAUGGAGAUUGACAUUCCUCACAUCUGGCUGUACCUGGCCGAGCUGAUCACGCCCAUCCUGCGAGAGGGAGGCAUCCCCAUGGAGGAGCUCUUCAGGGAGAUUGCCAAGUCUCUGGUGCCCCUUGGGAAGGCACCUACCCUCCUGGUGGAGAUCCUAGGCCUGCUCUGCAAGGGCAUGAGUCACAAGAAGGCUGGGGCCCUCUGGCGAGAGGGUGGCCUGAGCUGGAAGGAGUUCCUGCCUGAGGAUCAGGAUGUCAACAAGUUCGUCACAGAGCAGAAACUGGAGUACACAAUGGAGGACAGCUCGGACACACCGAGCCGCAAGGAGCUGACCAGUGAGGAGCUGGGCAAGCAGGUGGACAGGCUGCUGGAGGAGAACUCGGACAACCAAAGAAUAUAUGACUGGAUCGAGGCCAAUCUGAAUGAGCAGCAGGUCUCGUCCAAUGUGUUUAUCAGGGCCCUGAUGACAUCCGUGUGCCAUUCAGCCAUUGUCUUUGAGAACCCCUACCGGGUGGAUGUGACUGUGAUCCACAGCCGGGCCAAACUGCUGCAGAAGUACGUGACCGACGAGCAGAAGGAGCUGCAGGCCCUCUACGCCUUGCAGGCCCUGGUGGUGAAGCUGGACCAGCCUCCCAACCUACUGCGAAUGUUCUUCGAUGCCUUGUACGAUGAGGACGUCAUCAAGGAAGAGGCCUUCUACAAGUGGGAGUCGAGCAAGGACCCGGCCGAGCAGCAGGGCAAGGGUGUGGCACUCAAGUCGGUGACGGCCUUCUUCACCUGGCUGCGGGAAGCUGAGGAUGAGUCUGACAACAAUUGAGGAGUGGGGCCGGGCUUGCCCCCCGCCAGCGCCGGCCCCGGGCGCCCGGACUCUACUGUGGCCUGGACUCUGGGGCGCGGGGGCCGCCCGCCCACCCUGCAGACUGCUCCUCCUUGCCCUCUUGGGCUAAUCAAUUUUUUUUUUUUUUUGUUCCCAGUUUUUUUUUGUUUUUAUUUUUGUUUUCUCCCUCAUCUCCCUGCCCCUGAGGCCUAUAUUGGUUUGUGUCUGAUGGAAAUAAAUGGAUGCUGAAGGAGGCGGGCAUUGCCGCGGGCUCCGUGGCCCCAGCCCCAGCUGGACCGCAGCGCGGGGUGCCAGGCCCCACAUACUCAUGUCUCCCGGGGGGGGGGGCAGGGAAGGGGUAUUAUUGCCAUCCCUCCCCCUCCCCCCUUCCCCUCCCUCCUGACGUCUUGCAGAAAUAUAGAGAGAUUAUAUAUAUAUAAACUUAUUGGAUUUGGGGGCAGGCCAGUGCUACAAAUGACACCCCUGCCCCUCCCCCUGGAUCACAGCCUGGGACAGCACCUCUGCCAGAUGGGUUGGUUUGGGUUUUUUUUUUGUUGUUGUUUUUUUUUUAAUUUUAAACGGGAAAA